CCAACAUUUUCAUAUUUAUAUAGUCCCUACACACACAUCAAUUUCACAAAACAAAACAUCCUCAAAAAUGAGUCAUUCUAUGAGCCUAAAGUGUUUCAAUUUCGCUUUGUUUCUAUUUCUUCUCACAACCACUUCCAAUGCGAGUGCAAAUUAUAUUGCAAAUAGAAAACAAUAUCGAAGCUUCUCAAACCAAUUUCUGCUUCCUCAAAAUAGAGCUCGAUCUAUUUUGGGGUUGCGACCAUUGGUUUGGGACACAAAACUAACACAUUACGCGCAAUGGUACGCCAACCAGAGGCGCAACGAUUGCGCAUUGGAGCACUCUAAUGGGCCAUAUGGUGAGAACAUUUUUUGGGGAAGUGGUUUUGGGUGGAAACCAGCACAAGCAGUGAGUGCUUGGGUUGAUGAGAAAGAGUAUUACAAUUAUGGGGACAAUUCUUGUGCUGAUGGACAAAUGUGUGGACAUUAUACGCAGGUUGUGUGGAGUUCUACUACAAAAGUUGGAUGUGCUAGUGUUGUGUGUUCUGAAGGUAAAGGUACUUUUAUGACUUGUAAUUAUGAUCCUCCUGGAAAUUACUAUGGAGAAAGGCCUUAUUGAUAGGAAAUGACCAAAAGGGGAGUGAAUAAAUUAAGCAUUGAGAGAGAGAGACAGACAGAUCAAUAAUGUUAGAGGUUCAUAGCCAUAUUGUCUGUUUGGCAUGUGGCCUUAUUUAUUCGAGACUAUCUCUGGUGUGUAUUCAAUUGUUUAGCUCCUCUGUAUGAUGUAUAUUUGUCUUUAUUGUUUGAUUAAUGAUUAAUGAAAUAUAAUGUUUUUAUUGUGUUAU